CAGGCCCGCACGGCACCAUCACAAAUUUGUUUCGCCGUCGGCCGUCGCAGCGCAGCCUCGAACCCCCUCCAGCCAGCCAGCCAGCCAGCCAGCCAGGCGUGCCACCUCGUCCUGCUUCCCGGCGCCGGCGCGCCGGACCUAUACCUCGACCAGACGACGAUGGCCAGCGGCAGCGCCGGAACGCCGCCGGGCGCGGCCUACGGCUACAGCUCGCGCCACAGCUCCUACGCCACCGCCGCGAACCGCCAGCUCGCGAGGCAGAGGUCCAUGCCGGCCGCCCUCGCGGCCGCCUUCGCGCCGUUCGGCGGCGGCGGACGCGAGUGGCCAAGAACGAGACGCCUCGGGGACGGCGGCGGCGAGCGCGCUCCCGCGCCCGGCGGCGUGGUGGGGCGGGUGGCGCGGGCGAUGUGGGCGUGGAUCGGGAGGGGGAGGAGGAAGGUGGCGGUGAUGGGUCGGAGCGCCUCGUCGUCGCCGGCUAAGGUCCAGUACGGGCACGAGGAGUACGCGCAGAACUUCGACGAGGGCGCCACGGCGAGCGAGCCCGAGAACCUGCCGCGGUCCUUCUCGGCGCGGUACGCCAGGCAAGGGACGCGCGACGGGGCUCGCUGGGGCCGCCGCCGGCCGCCGCCGUGACCAUGUCGUGCGCCGUGGACAGAGGCGGUGCGGGCUUCGACGCGGUGAGAUAAAACUGGACGCCAACCAACCCCUUUCGCCUACUACACUCCCUGACUGCUGUAUAUUCUUUUUUUUUAUCAGACUGCUGUGUAUUCUUUGGUAACCCUAUUAAGGUACAGAGGCCAUUUUUGUGUCAUGAUUCAUGAAACAUUUGUAUCAGUCGCAUCAUCGCAUGGCGGAUUAGGAUAGUGUUAUAAGAAGCGUGGGUAGUGCAGUUGUGAUUUGUCAGCUUUGAUGAACGAUGAUGUGCUAUGCCGGUUGCGCAUUCUGUGAUUCUGUCUCCAACUUAACCUUCAUCAAGCUCAAUUGGCUUGGCUAGCGUAUGCAAGUCGAUGUUCAAGUUUCACAAAGUGCCUUCUCGAUUCAUUUCUAAUUAUCGCGGCAAACAAAUCGA